AUGGUAGACAAUUGUGGUAAAGUACACAGCCUGGGUAUGGUCGAGAGUCAGGGUAUGAUAGACAGUCGGGGUAUGGUAGACAGUCGGGGUAUAGUAGAGGGUAUGGUAGACAGUCGGGAUAUAAUAGACAGCCAGGUGGAGAGUCAGGGUAUGGUAGACAUUCGGGGUAUGGUAGACAUUCGGGGUAUAGUAGACAGUCUGUGUAUGGUAGACAUCCUGUGUAUGGUAGACAUCCUGGGUAUGGUAGACAGUCGGGAUAUGGUAGACAGUCUGGGUAUGGUAGACAGUCUGGGUAUGGUAGUCAGUCUGCAUCUUGAUGAUGGGGAAAUGCAUGAGAGGUAUCGUUUCACAAAUGAUGGCGUAGCAUUUUUGGAGGAUAUCUUGAAGGAUGACAUAAAAAGAGACACUCACCGGAACAGAGCCCUCAGUGUGCGACAGAUGGUUCUUAUAACCCUUCGGUUCCUCGCCACAGGGGCGUUUUUCAAUGUUGUACUUGUAGGAGACAGCAUGGGUUACCACAAAUCAACAGUUUCUCGUGUGGUAACCCACGUGACGGAUAUUAUUUGCAAAAUAAUGAAACGAUUCAUUGUAUGGCCUUCCGGCGAAGAGAAGAAUAGAGUGAAGAGCGGAUUUUUCACAUCGGCAGGCUUCCCUCACGUAGUGGGGUGCGUUGACGGGACACUCAUCCGUAUCCAGGCCCCUUCUGUUGAUGAGCCAGCUUAUGUCAACCGAAAAGGCUAUCAUAGUAUCAACAUGCAGGCAGUUUGCGAUCAUGAAGGAUUGUUCACAAGUGUCAACGCCAGUUGGCCAGGCUCGUGCCAUGACGCACACGUGUUCAGGACAUCAGGGCUGUGCAACAGGCUACAACGAGACAAUCAAUGUCUGGAAGAUGGGGUGUUUCUUGGAGAUAGUGGGUAUCCUUUACGGCCAUUCCUCAUGACGCCGUUUAUAAACGCUGACACUCCUGCCAAGGAGAGGUACCAGCUAGCCCAUACUAGAACCCGGGUUUGCAUAGAAAGGGCCUUUGGUAGGCUCAAGCGGCGCUUCCACGUGCUGCACAGUGAGAUCAGGCUAAGUCCAGACAAGGCCUGUCGCAUAGCUACAGCCUGUGCAAUUCUACAUAAUGUAGCAGUCAUGUUUAAUAUGCCAGAGGUAGAUGAUGUAGAUGUCAUACAAAACAUUGAUAAUAAUAUGCAGGAUGAUGUUGAGUCAACGUCCUCGUUGUCCAUACGCCUCUUAUAUUUCUCUAGUACCCGUUGCUGUGUCUCAACCAAUAAUUAA